GAAAAUGCAUUCAUUGAAAUCGGUCCAUUUUAGGAUCGAUACUAUUUCCAGAUCGCUAAGUGCUCGUAAUAUAAAAGGGAUUGAUUUGUGUCCGGUGCGACUAGACGGUAUAAAGUUAUCGAACGUUCAAUAAAUUAAUAAUACGUCGGGAAGAACAAUCAAUCGUAUAACAUAAUAGUGCAAAUUAUUUCUACUUUGUCAAAGUAUUAUCCGUGUAAUAACUUCCAGAGUGGUUGAUUGAUUUAUCAAAAGUUUAUUUUUCAAGGCUUUUGGAACUACAAUAAAACAAUUACAAUGUGUGACGACGAUGCUGGUGCUCUUGUUAUCGACAAUGGGUCGGGAAUGUGUAAAGCCGGUUUUGCUGGUGAUGAUGCCCCCAGAGCUGUUUUUCCAUCAAUCGUUGGACGACCACGUCAUCAAGGUGUAAUGGUCGGUAUGGGCCAAAAAGAUUGCUACGUUGGUGACGAAGCUCAGAGCAAACGAGGUAUUUUGACUCUUAAGUAUCCAAUUGAGCAUGGUAUCAUCACCAAUUGGGACGACAUGGAGAAGAUUUGGCACCACACCUUCUACAAUGAACUACGUGUUGCCCCGGAAGAACAUCCAGUCCUACUUACUGAGGCCCCAUUGAAUCCAAAGGCCAAUCGGGAGAAGAUGACCCAAAUCAUGUUCGAAACAUUCAACUCACCAGCAGUUUAUGUUGCAAUUCAAGCAGUGUUGUCAUUGUACGCUUCUGGUCGUACCACCGGUAUUGUAUUAGAUUCUGGUGAUGGCGUCUCGCACACCGUACCAAUCUAUGAAGGGUAUGCCCUUCCUCAUGCCAUUUUACGUCUAGACUUGGCUGGCAGAGAUCUGACCGAAUUCUGCAUGAAAAUUCUAACCGAAAGAGGAUACUCAUUUACCACGACAGCUGAACGGGAAAUCGUUCGGGAUGUCAAGGAGAAACUUUGCUAUGUUGCCUUGGAUUUCGAACAGGAAAUGGCCACUGCAUCAGCAUCAACCUCACUGGAAAAGUCAUAUGAAUUGCCUGACGGUCAAGUUAUCACCAUCGGCAAUGAACGCUUUCGAUGUCCGGAAGCUUUGUUCCAGCCAUCAUUCUUGGGCAUGGAAUCAGCCGGUAUUCACGAGACUGUCUAUAAUUCGAUCAUGAAGUGUGACGUCGAUAUUAGAAAAGAUCUGUACGCUAAUUCGGUGCUGUCUGGCGGUACUACUAUGUAUCCAGGUAUUGCUGAUCGUAUGCAGAAGGAAAUCACUGCUCUCGCUCCCUCAACCAUUAAAAUUAAGAUCAUCGCACCGCCAGAACGUAAAUAUUCUGUGUGGAUUGGUGGUUCAAUUUUGGCUUCACUGUCCACCUUCCAGACGAUGUGGAUAUCGAAAGCAGAGUAUGACGAGUCUGGUCCGGGAAUCGUUCACCGUAAAUGUUUCUAAAUUCGAUUCGGCUGUCAUUAAUGGUAGCGUCGUUUUUUGUGUGUUGAAUGUCUUUGAUAACUUGUGCCAGUUUUUUACUUUUGAUAAAAAAUUAAAAGAAGAAAAAUUCAAAAAU